GACCCGUUUGGGGUGGAGAUCGAAGGACAAAUGCAGUACAAGACCUUGAGUUGGUGGCAAUGUGGCAUGCUCAUGAUUGCCGAAACCGUAUCUCUGGGAAUCCUAUCGCUGCCAGCCGCCGUCGCAGCCCUGGGAAUCGUUCCCUCAAUCAUCGCCCUGCUCGGACUCGGGGGCAUGGCAACAUACACAGGCUACGUAAUCGGGCAGUUCAGAUGGCGAUAUCCGCAUGUGCACAGCAUGGCCGACGCAGGGGAGGUGCUGUGGGGCCCGUUCGGACGGGAGCUGCUAGGAGGGGGUCUCAUCCUGCUCCUGAUCUUCGUGAUGGGCAGCCAUCUGCUGACCUUCUCGGUGGCGAUGAACACGAUGACGGAGCAUGCGACCUGCUCCAUCGCCUUCAGCAUUGUAGGCUUCGCCAUCUCGCUGCUCUGCACACUACCGCGCACUAUGCGAGGAAUGACCCUGAUGGCCAUCAUCUGCUUCAUCAGCAUCCUCUCCGCCAUCUUCGUGGUAACCAUCGACCUCGGCAUCAUCAACCAAGACCACUACCACGCCACCGCCGUGCACCGCACCGACCUCAACAAAGGCUUCCUAGCCAUCACCAACAUGGUUUUCGCAUUCGCCGCCCACGCCGCCUUCUUCAGCUUCAUCUCCGAACUCCAACAACCCAAAGACUACCCGAAAGCCCUCUACCUGCUCCAAACCAUCGACACAACGCUCUACAUCCUCGUUGCCGUCCUCAUCUACUACUUCGCCGGGCCGAGCGUCGUCUCUCCGGCCUUGGGAUCGGCCUCGCCGGUGGUCCGCAAGGUCGCGUAUGGGGUCGCCUUACCGACUAUCAUCAUCUCCGGCGUGGUAAACGGCCACAUCGCCUGUAAAUACAUCUACAUCCGCUUGUUCCGCGGCACGGACCGGGUGCACGGGACUGACUGGCGGAGCUACGCGCUGUGGGCGGGGAUCGCGCUGGGCGUGUGGGCGCUGGCCUGGGUCAUUGCCGAGGCGAUUCCGAGCUUUAGCAAUAUCUUGAGUCUGGUGGCUUCGUUGUUUGCGACGUGGUUUACUUAUGGACUUCCGGGGAUUUUCUGGCUGUACCUGAAUCGGGGGUUGUGGUUCAGCAGCCUCGGGAAGUUCGCGCUGACGGUAGUGAAUGGGUUUAUGUUUUGCGCCGGGGCGAUUAUUUGUGGGCUGGGGCUCUAUGUUUCAGGGAAAGCGAUCCAUGAGGCGCCUGCGCAGGCCUCGUUUUCUUGUGCUAGUUCUUGAGGGCCACACCUAGAGAGGACUUGAGUCUAACUUGAGUGCGUGGGGUUAAGGAUACGGAAUUGCAUGCAGGACAGGUAGAUAGAGAAGUG